AUGCCAGGAACAAGAAUAGUAGUAUGUGCCCGCCAAUGCUUCCAAAGAAAGUUGCUAUUUCGUCAAAGUGUGGUCAGGGGGUUUGCUAGUGAAGCACCAAAACCAGAAACUGCAAGAGGUGCACGCCAAAGUGCAUCAUUCACACUUAACUUAUUCCGAGGAGAGUUAGAAACUGCACAAGUUUUCCCUUUCCCUGAGCCCCUCACUGAAGACCAACGCCAAACUCUUGUUGAGCUCGUCCCACCUGUAGAAAAGUUUUUUCAGGAGGUGAAUGAUCCGGCGAAGAAUGACGCUGAUGCGCAAAUUGAAGAGGGCACUGUGUCGGGCCUUUGGGAGCUGGGUGCCUUUGGGCUGCAGGUGCCGUGUGAACUGGGUGGCCUCGGGCUUAACAAUACGCAGUACGCACGCCUGGUAGAGGUGGUGGGUGCUCACGACCUGGGCGUGGGCAUUACACUGGGUGCCCACCAGUCCAUUGGCUUCAAGGGCAUCCUGCUCUUUGGAACCGAAGAACAGAGAGCACACUACCUACCGCGCGUUACCGGUGGGGAGUAUGCCGCUUUCUGCCUCACCGAGCCCUCCUCGGGCUCCGACGCCGGCUCUAUCAAGUCGCGUGCAGUCCUGUCGCCAGACGGUCAGCACUACAUUCUCAAUGGCUCCAAGAUCUGGAUCAGCAAUGGUGGCAUUGCAGAAAUUAUGACAGUGUUCGCCCAAACACCUAUUGAAAAGGAUGGCAAAACUGUAGAUAAAGUGACCGCGUUCAUAGUGGAGCGCAGCUUCGGCGGCGUGUCUUCGGGCCCGCCCGAGAACAAGAUGGGCAUCCGCUGCUCCAACACCACCGAGGUGUACUACGAGGACGUGCGCGUGCCCGUGCGCAACGUGCUGGGCGGCCUCGGCGACGGGUUCAAGGUGGCGAUGAACAUCCUGAACAACGGGCGCUUCGGCAUGGCGGCCGCGCUGGCCGGCACGCAGCGCGCCGCCCUGCGCGUGGCCGCGGAGCACGCCGCCACCAGGGUGCAGUUCGGCCGCCGCCUGCGCGACUUCGGCGCCGUGCAGGAGAAGCUGGCGCGCAUGGCCUUGCUGCAGUACGUCACCGAGUCUCUGGCCUAUAUGGUCAGCGGCAACAUGGACUCCGGGGCGCAGGACUAUCACCUCGAGGCCGCCAUCUCUAAGGUAUUCGCGUCGGACUCCGCGUGGGCGGUAGUGGACGAGAGCAUCCAGAUACUGGGCGGCAUGGGCUUCAUGAAGUCCGCGGGCUUGGAGCGGGUGCUGCGCGAUCUGCGCAUCUUCCGCAUCUUCGAGGGCACCAACGACAUCCUGCGCCUCUUCGUCGCCCUCACAGGCAUCCAGUUCGCGGGCUCGCACCUGCAGGAGCUGCAGCGCGCGUUCAAGAAGCCGGCCGCCAACCUGGGCCUGAUCUUCAGCGAGGCGGGGCGGCGCGCCGGCCGCGCCGUGGGGCUGGCGGGCGGCGCCCUGGAGCCGCUCGUGGCGCCCGCGCUGGCGCCGCACGCGCGCGAGCUGGCCCGCGCCGCCGCGCAGCUCGGCGUCGCCGUCGAGCUGGCGCUGCGCAAGUACGGCCGCGCCGUGGUGGACGAGCAGCAGGUGCUCAACCAGCUGGCGGCCGCCGCCAUCGACGGCUACACGACGGCGGCCGUGCUGUCGCGCGCCAGCAGGGCGCAGCGGCUCGGGCUGGCCAGCGCCGAGCACGAGCUGCGGCUGGCUGAGGCGUGGGCCGAGGAGGCGACGCAGCGCAUGGCCGCGCUGCCCGCCGCGCUGGGCGCGCGCGCCCUGGCGCAGGCGCAGCGGCUGGCCGCGCUCGGCCGCGCCGUGGCCGACCACCCCGCCGGCCUCGCGCGCUCCCCCCUCAACAUC